AUGUCCUACAGCAGCUGCUCUGGAAACUUCUCCUCCCGCUCCCUUCGGGGCUGCCUGCCACCUUCCAGCUCCUCCUGUGGCUCUUGCUUCCCCAGCAACCUGGUCUACCGCACUGACCACUGUGCUCCUAGCUCCUGCCAGCUGGCCUCUUCUCUCCACAGUGGCUGUCAGGAGGUGUGUGGGGAGCCCACGGGCUGCCAGAGUUCCUGUGUGGAAUCCAGUCCCUGCCAGAGUUCCUGUGUGGAGUCGGGUCCCUGCGAAAGCUCCUGUGUGGAAUCCAGUCCCUGCCAGAGCUCCUGUGUGGUGUCCAGUCCCUGCCAGAGCUCCUGUGUGGUGUCCAGUCCCUGCCAGAGGACCUGCUACAGCCCCAGGGUGUCUACGUUCUGCAGUCCCUGCCGCACCACUUACCCUGGAUUUCUGGGCUUUGGCUCCAGUGCCUGCCAUCCCCUAGGGUAUGGGUCUAGAAGCUGCUGCUCCCUGGGAAAUGGAUGGAGACGUUCCUAUUCUCCAUUCUAUACUUCUCGAAGCUGCUACCCACAGGGCUGUGGUUCCAGUAGCUUCGGGUCCAUGGGUUAUGGCCUCUAUGGCCUCCCUUCCCUGAGUUAUGGGUCUAGAUUCUGCCACCCACCCUACUUGGCCUCUAGAAUGUACCACUCAUAUGGUUACAGACCAUCCUGUGGGUCUGGUGUCUAUGAAUUUACUUGUUAA